AUGGCAGCAGAUGUCGCGAAGUUAUGCGCCAGUUUGGACAAAAUCUUCAAGACUUUUUCCACACAGGAGGUUCAACUGGAUCCCAAGGAGAUGAAGAACUUUCGGGAGAGAGGCACUCUUCAGUACAUUGAGCAGAAGUUCCAGGCACAUCUGCAAAGGGCACGAGCAGCUUUUCUUCAAGAGUUCCGGAAUCACGCAGUGGUCGUGGAAACUGAGGUACGGAAGAUCCGAGAUGAGAUGACAGAGAAAAUGGAGGACAAAUACGGAAAGAUGUUGGGAGAGCUGCGGGAGAAUGUGUUGGACACGGAGGGCCUGGUGCAGGCGCAGAAGGCCGAGAUCACGCAGCUGAAAGGUGUCGUGGCUUCACAAGAAUCCUACCUGACCGCUGCCAAGCACAAGGAGCACCUCGAGGAGCAAGCGCACUCGCUGCAGCAGCAAUUGGAGCUUUCGAGAGGUGAAGUCGCCCAGCUGAAGCAUCAGCUCUCCUGCCGAGACGAGCUCGUGAAGCAGCUGGGCCGGGAAACCUCCAGCCUGGAAGCUGAACUGAAGCGCCAGGAACUGGCGGCUCAGGAGGAGAAGCGCGAGGCCGAAAGCCGGUGGCAAGGACUACACAGAGAAAUGCAGCAGCAGCAGGAACGUUUCGUUGAGCACAUGCAUGCAUACGCCCAGCAGUUUGAGCAGUACAAAGACAAGACGUCGGACCAACUUCAGAUCCUGGCAAUUUUAAAUCGCAGGCUGAAGGAGGCGCUCCAAGAGAUGGAGGAGGAGAGGCAGAGGCAUAUCAAGGCGCGCACCAAGCCGACGCACCGAAUCGGAGAGGAGCCAUCAGAGGAGAUUGCAGAGAUGUUUCAGGACUACGAGCCAUACAUUCUGGAUGAAGCCCCGUACAGAGUUGAUGAGAUGGGCAUGGACACCUCUUGGCGGGAUUACAAGAUCAGCAACUUCGAGUUGGCUCUACCUCAGAGGCCCAUGGCGCCUCCCAAGUUCAAGGUGGAACGGGUCCGCCGCGUCCUUCCGGGCCCGACGGUCACGGAGACUCCACGGAUAAAUCCUGCAAGACUUCUGCAGCUACCAGCUGUGAAUCCAGCCAUAGGACGAGUUCUCUCGCCAUCACGCGCGUGA